UAUUGGACAGUUCAUAAACUUUAUUAAUAGAAGUGAACAUGGACGUGCCGGCAAAGGGAAAUGUUUUGGGCAGGGUAGUACCAGCGCGGUACAUCCUCGCCAUCCUCGGCUCCAUCGCCAUGGCCAUCGUCUACGGGCUGAAAGUCAACUUAUCCGUGGCCAUGGUCGGCAUGCUCAACUACACGGCCAUCAAGUCGUUAGAGGGAGACGGCGGGGGCCACUCCGCUGCUGUCGACUCUGGCAACGAUUGCGGAAGCAAGAGCGCUGGGAACGCCACCCAUCAGGAAAUCGACGGUCCAUUCACGUGGGGAAGCACGACGCAAGGCAUCGUGAUGAGUUCUUACUUUUGGGGGUACUUCAUCUCGCAGAUUCCUGGGGCGCGGAUAGCGGAGCUGUUCUCAGCCAAGUGGGUGAUGUUCUUCAGUGUCACCAUCAACGUCGUAUGCACGUUACUUACACCCGUGAUGGCUGAAUGGGCCGCCGCGGCCGCCGUGGUCAUGAGAAUCGGCGAGGGGAUUGGCGGGGGCGUCACAUUUCCCGCCAUGCACGUAUUGCUGUCAAAAUGGGCGCCGCCGGCCGAGCGGAGUGUCAUGGCGGCCCUGGUGUACGCGGGCACGUCGCUCGGCACCGUCAUUUCCAUGCUGCUGGCAGGCAUACUCACAGCUCAGCUGGGUUGGGAGAGUGUAUUCUAUGUGAUGGGAGGACUGGCAGCGAUCUGGUGCUUGCUGUGGGUGGUACUGAUCCAAGACUCUCCACAGCAGCAGCCUCUCAUCAGCGCCGAGGAGCGGAACAUGAUCGUUUCGUCUUUAGGAGGGAAGAGUGAUGACCACGGCCAUAAGAACCUGCCAGUACCAUGGCGCGCGGUGCUGACGUCACCCCCAUUCCUGGCCAUCCUGGUGGCGCACGCGUGCUCCAACUGGGGCUGGUACAUGCUGCUCAUCGAGCUGCCCAUGUACAUGAAGCAAGUGCUCAAGUUCGAGAUGACUGAGAAUGCCGUCACCACCGCUAUGCCAUUCCUGACCCUUUGGUUCUUCAGCAUGGGGCUCAGCAAGACCCUGGAUUGGCUGCGGGGACGCGGCAACAUCACCACGACUACCGCUAGGAAGAUUGGCACUUUGUUUGCUUCUGUGGUCCCAGCGAUCUGCCUGUUGGCGGUCUGCUACAUCGGCUGCAACCGCGCUGCGGCCGUGGCCCUCAUGGCGAUCGGAGUGACUUGCGUCGGCGGCAUGUUCUGCGGGUUCCUGUCCAACCACAUCGAUAUAGCGCCUAACUUCGCAGGAACCUUAAUGGCGAUCACGAACACUGUAGCCACGAUUCCUGGCAUCGUCGUCCCCAUUUUCGUCGGAGAAAUAACCAAAGGCAAUAAAACCAUAACCGCCUGGCGCGUGAUAUUCUUCGUGACCAUAGCCCUAUACGUGCUGGAGAUCCUGGCGUACAUGAUCUUUGGCUCGGGCGAAGAGCAGUCAUGGAACAGAGUGGCGCAGGAAGAGCCCGCGGAAAACAAGCCGCUCAACAAUGAUACGGAGAAAACACACGUGUAA